AUGGCAGACUCAACUGAACUCAAGUUCAGCACGCCCAGCGCGAAGAUCGAAGGAGAGUUUGAGAGGCCUUCUGGGUUUCCAAGACUUAGGCCUGCUUAUAUCCUGAAGUUCAAGCUUCCGGCUGCGAGACCGAUUGGACAAAUUGCUACUGGCGAGACAUUGACUCAGUUCACAAUUACCGAUCCGAAAUCGGGAACCCUCACCACCGUAGAAGGAUACGAUGCCAAAGUCGAAGGCACCGUCGUUGCGGGUGAUGAUUGGCUACUUAUCGAUGCCGAUGGUGCGUAUGCGCGACCGAACGUGAAGCUUGUUGUUGAGUCAGUUGGAGGAUGGUACCGUAAGUUGUGUCUCGCAUAUGCCGCGGUCGACAUGAAUCUGAGAUCCAUCAAGAACAUCCAAUGCAACUACUCCGCCGUGGUCGCCGUCAGCCAACCGGUCCUCGAAUUCAUGGCUGGCGCCCCUAACGCAAAGACUAUUCCAUUCGGAGUUGCCACAAAUACCGUCACGUUCAGAGCUGGAAACCCAAAAUACAAACAUUUGAACAGCAAGGUGUUUGUGGCUGAUAGUCGCUAUAUCGUGAGUCGGGAUCCAUUGGUACUCGAGGCUGAGACAAGGAUUUCGGAGGUUGUGCCUGCUACGGAGGUGGAGUAA